GAGAGAAGAGCCAGCAAGCGGAGAGGAGAGGAGAGAGGAGGACGAAGGGUAGAGCCUGCAACAACACAUUAGAAUCCCUAAAAUCUCCGCAUCUUGCCAUCGGCGGGCGAAACCCUAGGAGAGAGAAAGGAUGAGCGGUACGGCGAAGAAGGUGACCGACGUGGCGUUCAAGGCGUCGAAGAAAAUCGACUGGGACGGCAUGGCGAAGCUGCUCGUCUCCGACGAGGCCCGCAAGGAGUUCGCCAACCUCCGCCGCGCCUUCAGCGAGGUUAACUCCCAGCUCGAGACCAAGUUCAGUCAGGAACCUGAACCUAUUGACUGGGAAUAUUACAGAAAAGGAAUUGGGCCUCGCUUGGUGGAUAUGUACAAAGAAGCUUAUGACAGCAUAGAGAUCCCCAAGUACGUGGACACAGUCACCCCUCAAUACAAGCCAAAGUUUGAUGCGCUGUUGGUGGAACUGAAAGAGGCAGAGGGGAUGUCCCUCAAGGAGUCCGAGCGAUUGGAAAAGGAAAUUGCAGAUGUGCAAGAGUUGAAGAAAAAGAUCAGCACCAUGACUGCCGAUGAAUACUUUGAAAAGCAUCCUGAACUCAAGAAGAAGUUCGAUGAUGAGAUUCGCAAUGACUACUGGGGAUAUUGAUGAAAAAAUGAGCAGAUCAGUGCCAGUUGGCCAGAGUUAUUGAAGAUUGUGUUCUGCUUGUUUGAUUUAAAAUAAAAUUGAGAGAACUCUCUUCUUCUGUACUUCUUGCUUUGGGCUUGAGGAAUUAUGACCUCUCAUUGACUUCAAUGUCGGAAACUUGAAUUUUCAUGUGAAUCAAUAGAUGUUCGUUUUUCCCAAUAA